CUCUGCACCCGCAACCCCCCCUUGGUAUAAUUAUUGAGACCCCCCAAAAGGGGGAUCCCAAUCCUUACACCAAGUUCGACUCAGGGUCCGCGGGGUCGUCACACCCCGUGUGUAAGGGCGGUUUUACCCGCCAUGACACCCCCUGCGGGACGCAUAUAUUCACCCCAUCUCUUUAUUCCCUCUAAUUUCUGGAAUUAUAUUCCAGUAAAAUACGCAAUAUUUUUUUCAUGCAUCAAUGUAUAACCUUUACCCCAAAACCGUAAGAUUUCUCUCAGCACCCGAUAAUCAUCCGUAUUAUCAUUUCUGGGCCCAAUUCCAUUCAUCUUCUCGCUACCCUAAUUCACAAUUCUAAAUAGAUUAAUGUUUUACAAAUUAGUGUAAAUUUACAAUGAACGAGGGUGUCCCUAGGGAAUUUCGAAAUUUAAAUAAUCGUCGUUGGUGCGCCAGCGAGAUUGAUUGGUAAUUUUUCUCGGUAUCGAUAUCGGGCGCCGCCCGACGUCUUUCUUGGUGCCCAAGAGUAUGCUCUUCCGGGGGGUGGGGUGUCGGAUUAUCGGGUCGCAAUUGCGGGGCGUGUGUCACCAGUCGCUUGGUGACAUUUGACGAACAUUGAAGUUUUUAUAAAUAUUUCUGUGGGUGCGUGUCUAAAUAUUUUUGUGAGUGCGUGUAUAAAUAUUUUUGUGAGGAUUUUUCUCUUUCGAUUGGUGAAGGAUGUCUCAACACGGAUUACUAAGCAAGGUGUCCCGAUCACCAAAUGGGGAUGAGCCUAUUUCCACCGGCGGUGCUUUUACCGGGAUUCGCCCCGAAUCGGGGUAUGGAUCGGGUCGACAGACGGCUCGUCGGUCCCGUCGAUUCACGCCCCGGGACUGGAUAAGUCGAUUAUCCAUUUGUCCUGAUCUCGCCCAGGUGCCGGGCGUCCUCGAGGUUCCGGUCGUCGACGAGGAUCCGGACGUCGUCGUGGAUCCGGACGUCGUCGUGGAUCCGGACGUCGUCUCCCAGAAUCCCGACAGUCGUCGGUGAUUCCGUCUGACUCAGGUGUUGCUCCAUAGUUGUUCCCAACAAUCAUCACAGGGAUCACAAAAUAUUAUUAUUGAAACUGGACGCCACCCUGAUCAGUUAAACACAAGGCAUACUAUCAAUGUUGUGUAAGACUUUAUUAAUCGAAUAGUACCAGACUAUUUUAAACUAUUGCAUCUAUUGGAUAUAUGGGUUCUUCACAUGUUAAACUACAAGACGGAAGUGAAUUAAUUAUGAUUAUAAUAUACAUUUCACCUAAUAACAAAAUGGAUCAUAUCAUUUCAUUUUUACAUGAAAGGUUAUUUCCUUAUAGUCAAACAGGUUCAACAAUUCUUAAAACGAAUAAACAUAAACUACCAUUAUUUUUAGCUGCAUAUUUCAAGGUAAAUUUUGCAAGAGCUGAAUCAAUGCCAUUAAUGACAUUUCUUCAAAAAGAAUUUCAAUGGCAAAUCAAUAACGAUCCAAAAGAAUCUACUACCAAAUAUAGAACAACAAUAGAUGCUCUAUUUGUGAGAUAUCUUGAUGGUGUUUCAUCCAAUACUUUUGUAACGUACUUUAGUUAUCAUCGACCAAUCGUCACAGUAAUACCGGCAGAGGAAAAAUCGAAUAUAACUAUUAUUGAAGCCACAGAUGAAAAUAUUUGAAUUGUGGCAACUUGAUACUAAUAUCGGAUUUUUAUAUCAUGUAAAUAAAUGUUUGUUAAAUAAAGUUACCAUUUACUGUAAGAAUCUCGUAAUACUUCAUUUUUUCAUUAGGCUAUAUUUAAUUCCUGUAAUAAUAUUAUCUUUUAUGCAUAUUACUUGUACACACACGAUGUUUCACAUCU